GAACAUGCAAUAGAAUAAAAAUUACAACAUUAUAAGUAUUAUUGGUAUUGGAAAAUCCAAUAACUGUUUUUGUCGACAUUGAUCAUACAUUGAUACCACGAGAUCUCGAAUUUAAUUCUUUCCACACAUUGCCCGUAUAUCUAAUUACUCAUACGUUAAAGUCAUUUUCCCAUAGAAAUACGAAGUAAUACCGUUAACUAGCCGGAACCGCUUUUUUAUAAUUGUUUAUAAUACUACUUCCUCGAUAUCUUACACCAAAUUAUGUGUUCUCCUUUACUUGCUGUAUGCGUAACAUUUUAUUAGGAAAUGUUGCACUGAAAAUUGCACGUCAUAGUGCGGGCAGAUGCGGCGUGUAGUCAAUCUUCAAUGUAGUUAAGAUUAAGAUCGUGUUAAAUGGCAGCGAUGGCAGCGAACUACUGAAUUCGGACCUAGCACAAAAUGGUUAUUGAACAAAAUCCACUCUGAAUUCUGAGCAUCUACCAAACAAGUCUAAUUUCAUCCUCGGUUCGAUCGGUACUGAAGGCAACACGUAGGCAAAUUGUUCUCAGACGAAACACCCAGUGCCACAUCAUGAGACACUUGAGUAAACAGAGGAUCUUCGAGUCCUGCAAACUGAGUGUGAGAAAGAAGUAUAAAUAGUGUCUGAAAAGCGAUCUUCAAUCACAGUUUGGUGCAGUAUCGCUUCAGCAGAGAUAACAACAUGUCGUUCAAGACUCUCUUCCUAUCGUUGUGCGUGGUGGUGCUCGCACUGAAUGGCAUCGAAGCCGCACAGUACUACGUCGCUUUCACUAAAAGUGCCAACUUUUUCGAAGCGUGGCAAGACUGCCACGCCUACGGUGGAGAUUUGGCAACUAUAAGGUCCGCAUCUGAGCAAAGUCUUGUGGAACAGGCAAUGGGCCGAACCAACAAUCCAAAAGGGGUUUACUUUAUCGGCGGAACUGACGUUGGCCGUUUUGCUCGUUGGAUGUGGAUUGCUUUGAACAAGGUGAUCGAAACCACUGACUACCGCAACUUCUAUCCAGGAGAGCCCAACAAUCUCGGAGGCAACCAAGAAUGUUUGUCCGUCGGAAACUGGGUAGCACCGAACCGUGGAAAAUGGGAUGAUGUACAAUGUUCGGCCAAACUUGAUGGAUACGUUUGUCAGUUCUACGCGUGAUCACCUGUAUCAAAACCAUAGACUUCUUGAAAAAAAUAUCACAUGAGGUUGUGAGAUGUGUCUGCUCUUAUAAAUCCUGUUUCAACUAUGUGAUAGGAAAUGAAGGAAAUAUAACAUUCACCUAAACAUGUUAAAACCUUGUAAAUCUAAAAAUUCUUUAUUUAUUCCACUGAAACAGUUGAAAGAACCAGACAAAUAGCUAGUUUUACAACAAGCAAAAAUCAAAAAUUAAGAAAAAACGUGAUCCGUUCAGACAUAGACAUAUCUACAUUGAGACGAGAAUGGUACAUAAAUGCAUUACAUUACUGAACUAAAUGCUAAACAGUAUAACAGAUCUCCUUAAUUGCAAUUGAAGGUUGAAAUUAUUUUGUGUUGCAAAUAGUGAUUAUCAGCUCUCAUAUGGAGUGAUCGGGAGUUUGAAGAUUCGAUGUGCUCAAGUUAGAAAAGGUAUUUUAUGAUGGUUGAGAAGUGUUUACACAAGUGUAUUACAAUGAGAGCUUCUUCAGAGGAACCUGUGAAAUCAUUCAAUUUUUGUGUAUUUUCUUUAUUAAUGAAAGCUAAGAUAUAUAUCAUUUUUUUGUGUUGUUUAAUCUUAUCAUACAGGUAUUUGAAUAAA